GCCCCUCGGUACGUUUCCUUCGUGACAGCGAAGUUGGACCAGCGCGAUCCAGUGGGCUCGUGCUUCGUCGCCAAGUCCUCGGACGCCAGCGAGGUCAACGAGUAUUCACCUUGCCGUACUUCGAGUCACGGGAUGCGUAAGACUGGUGUGUGCCAGGCAGGAUUCUCAGCAGCUAUCUCCAAGGAUGGACAGAGACUGUUUAUGGGUGCCCCGGGCAGCUUCUAUUGGCAAGGGCGAACGUUUUCGAUAAAUCCUAGCGAAAGAUUCAUCUUCUUUAUGCCGAAAAUAAGGGACGAAGAAGGUCAACUAUACGAAUACGGACAAGGCCCCAAGCCCAUCCUGUCGACUUCAGAAGCCAGUGGUAAAUUUGAUGAUUCCUAUAUGGGUUACUCUGUCGCUACUGGAGAUUUUGCUGGUCAAGGCGUACAAGGAGUUGCUGUUGGUGUACCCAGGGGAUCUAAUUUGAAAGGACUGGUUGUUCUUUACACUUGGGAGCUCCAAAAUAUCAAAAACAUCAGUGGUUCGCAAAUUGGCGCUUACUUUGGCUACAGCUUAGCCUCCGGAGACAUCGACGGAGAUGGCCAUGAUGAUGUCAUCGUUGGUGCUCCCAUGUACACCCGAGUCAAGAGUGAUGGCUACGAACAUGGCAGAAUUUACGUCAUCUAUCAGGGCAAUAAUAAACUUUCUAUGUAUUCCAAAGUCGACCGAAGAACUGGUGAAGUCUCCCGAGGCCGAUUCGGCCUGGCUAUCACUUCACUUGGUGAUAUCAACUACGAUGGUUUUGGAGACAUAGCAGUAGGAGCUCCAUACGGCGGUAAGCAUGGCCGUGGAGUGGUAUACAUCUACCAUGGCAGCGACAGUGGUCUUCGAGAAAAAUACUCCCAAGCCAUCACAGCUGAAGAAAUCACUCCAGGGUUAACAACCUUCGGCUUCUCGCUUUCCGGAGGCGUUGAUUUGGAUAAUAACAACUAUACCGAUCUUGCUGUUGGUGCUUAUAAAUCUGACAGUGUUGUGUUUUUAAAAUCCCGUCCAGUAGUAAAAGUGACAGCAGCAGUUCGAUUUAGAGGCGAUACGAAAUUGAUCUCGUUGACAGACAAACAGUGCCGUUUCACCAACGGCACCAUGGUUGCUUGCGCACAUCUCAUGUUCUGUCUUAGCUAUGACGGAUUCAAUGUCGAUCGGCAAAUAAAUUUCGUCGUGACUCUGGACUUGGAUUCGAGGCAGAAAACAACCAAGAGAUUGUUCGUCUACGAGCGCUAUAACAGCACUUACACAACUCACAUUUUAAUUCAACAGCGAAAGCAGGAAUGCAGGGAAAUUAAAGUUCAUUUGGCCAACGACAUUCGCGACAAACUUACGCCGAUCGAAGUCAAGAUGACCUACGACUUAGUGGACCAGCCAUCCGGCGGAAAUAUUGUCCCGCCAGUCCUAGACCAAACCCAGAGCAUCGAAAAAACUGACUCUUUGAAUAUUCAGAAGAACUGUGGUCCUGAUAACGAGUGCAUUCCAGAUAUUACACUGUCUGCUACUACUCCCAUAGUAAACUAUGAGCUUGGUUCCGGUAAUAAUAUUGAAAUAGACGUCAAAGUUGAGAAUACCGGUGAAGAUGCCUUCGAAGCUGCCUUUUACCUUCCCGUACCUCCCGGAGUCACAUAUUCUUCACACAAGAAACUAGAAUCUUCAGAUAAUGUUAAAUUUUAUUGCUUCCAAUUAAACAAUGGUGGUAAUACGACGGUGAAAUGUGAAUUGGGAAAUCCUAUGGCGACUGGGACAAAGAUCAAAUUCCGGAUUAUCCUUCAAGUGGACGCUCGUGUCAAAGAGAUAACGUUCAAUCUGGAAGCGAACUCGACGAAUCCUGAGCAACACACGUAUAGUGAUAAUAGGAUGCGUCUGCCCAUUCAGGUCAUUAUCAAGGCGGACUUGGAGAUGAUUGCUGCAUCGGAUCCUCCUGAAUUGCAUUACAACGCGUCGCUGUACCAAAGCGAUCACAGCAAUAUGUCAAUAGGAGACAGGAAGGACACCAAAAUCGGACCACAAGUGAUCCACAAGUACAAUAUCAAAAAUAAGGGACCUUUUGAGGUGGAGGAAGCAGAGAUUAUUAUUAUGUGGCCAUAUCAGACUCUUACCGGUGAUAACUUAAUGUAUUUACUGGUGGAUCCUAUGGUUGUCGGCAACGUGAAAUGUGAUAUUACCAGAAAUAAGAAUCCUGCCAACCUAGAGAUCCAGAUGCCAUACUAUGACUUCUUGUCAAAGGAAAGAGCAUCGGAGAGCAGUUCAUAUCAGUCCGGCGCUCAAACAGGACGUGCAGAUGGAUAUUAUGAAUCUCAAGGCACCUUCCAAACCGGCAGCCGGGUCUCAACUGGAUCACAAGGCAGUAAAGUUUUCACGAAUCAAAGUAACGGCCGACACACCGGAGGUAGUUACUACACUCAAACAUCAGGAGGACAAUUCGCUGGUAGAGGAGGAUCUCACACUCAAUCUCUUACCACGUGGCAAUCGUUAACUGCAAAGGAAAAAGAAAUAAUCAGGCGAAACCUGGCCUCUAUAUCUCAUACCACACAAGGAGGAUACAGUCAAGGAAGUUAUGAAGACGCUCAAUACUACUGGGAGACUCUUCCGGAAUCUGAACGCCAAAGUGUUAUUACAAGCAUAAUACGAAAUAACGAUUACGAUGAUUUUUCGAUUGAUGAACAGGAAAACAUUAGAAAGAUUUUCAUCGGUGCAUUUAAAAGGUACCAAGGUGGCGUCAGCGGUCCGGUUGUGACAGUUGUCAAGAACAGGACGUCGAAUACAGUGUAUGAUGAGAACCAUAAUGUAAUUUCACACAGCGAGAGUAGUACUGAGUAUAGUCUUGGACAUGAAGGCGAGGCUGGUAGCUCUUUUAACAACAGGAACAAUCAAGCCUAUAAUCAAGGCACCUUCAAUCAAGGCGGCAGUUACGGGUCCCAAUCAAACUACAACCAGAAUCGUGGACAAGAACAAGGCUUUGUUCAUCGGUCUUGGGCCACAACCGAAACUGUUAACAAAGAUGUCAUGAACGCUGGCUCUUCUACCUACAAAGACCCUAGUGUUACAUUCGUUGGGGAUGAAGACGAUAACCUUGAAGGUUUUGGAGCUGAAGCAGCUCAGGGAUCAAACGGAGAGUUCAGAUAUGGUUUCGGUGAUGUGUCUGGUGCUCAAGGUAGUAGGAGUUCUGGUGCUCAAGGUGAAGCCUAUGAAGGAAGUUCUCAAACUGGAUGGAGUACUGGAGGAUCAGGAUCUCAAAGUGGUGCUUAUGGAGCGAGGUCUGGUGGCAGUUAUUCAAGCUCUUCAUCAUCGUCUUGGUCUUCUGGAGGCCAUUCUUCUCAAGGAUCUCGACAGGGAAGUUAUUCGUCUCGACGCGAAAACACUCGGCGUCGUCGCCGUGAAGAUCAAGUAGACCCUGAACUGAAGAACAUUCUCGAACGGUGCGAGGAGAAGUACAAGUGUGCAGUGGUUAGGUGCACUGCUGGCCCGUUGGUGAAGAACCAGGAAAUCUGGAUUGGCUUACGAUCUAGGUUCAAUGCAUCUGAACUCAGUCAGAUCUCUGAAGAUAGACAAAUAGUGCUAUCGUCUCUAGCUGCGGCUCGCGUCACGAGGUAUCCCGUAGCUGGUGCCGCGAAGAAAACCUCGUGGUACACCGCUGAAGCCAAAACUAAUGUCACUCCUCGAAAGGAAGCAUUAGAGAGCGGUUCUAUACCUCUUUGGGUGGUUGUACUUGCUGCUGUGAUUGGUGCUUUGCUAUUGUUGUUGCUGAUUUUCAUAUUGUACAAGUGCGGUUUCUUCAAGCGCAAUCGACCCUCGGAUCACGCUGAGCGCCAGCCGUUGAAUGGUCGCGACGAACAUCUUUGAUAUCCGACAACCGAUUUAGGCGUGACGACCGAUACGGGCGUCACGACUGACGCGACGACUGACGACACUAGUUCGUCGACCGACGCCGCUAGUGAUGUCACCAGUCGAGAUUCAUCUAGUAUCGACAGAUAUUAACGUGAAGUGAAGUUUUUAAAUUUAAAAAGUGAUAGAUGAACUUUAAAAAGUGAAGUAGAAUCAAUUGCACUACAGUGGAUUUUAAACUGUAAGCGCUUUGUAGUCUUCUUUAGAAAUAUAAAGAGUUCAUUGACUAAAAAUAAGUCAAUCUCCAAAAAAAUCAAAUAUUUGCGUAAAUUGUGUUAAAAUAGAUGGCACUUUUAAUAAAAACAUUACUUUAUGUUGAUGAAACUAUGUAGUUGAAUUUUAGGCUAUUGAUAUCACUGUGGUGUUUUAGUUUUUAGUAUAUAUAAAUAACAACACCGCGGCCAUUUUGAAAUUUACGAAUUAAGUCAACUGCCAUUUUGAAUGACAUUUAGUUAUAAUUAAUGCGUCAUUUUGGGCAAAGGUAAACAUAACUAAGAUCCGUGAAUCUCUUUCUAUCAAGGAAACUACAGAAGAUUUUUUUACUCUUUAUUUAUUAA